UCUACAUUACUAUGACGACAGCAGGGUUGACAUCGUCCUCCAGCUCAAGCGACAGCGGCUAUUUAGAUGCUGUUGAGAGAGCGGAGGAUUUCGACGAUGUUUUUGAUAUUGCCGACAAACUCGGCGUACCUACCGAUAACCUGAAUGAACUAGGGGAGAUUAAAGAAAGAAUUGUCAUGCAUCUGAUGCGGGGUCCUGAUGGCAGCCCAAAAUACUUGAAUUCCAGGUCAAUGUCAAUUUCUAGUCAGGAGGACAAACACAAACGAGAGAAACUUUUAUCUCUUCUGGUAGACCUACAGAAGGCUAUGGAUAAACAUCGAGUGGACGCUACUGGUGAACUGUUAGAUGUUAGAGGUACAGAUGCCAUAGCAGGCUGUCUCAAAACAGAAGGAACUGUCUGUGAUCUUAGACAAGAAAUGGAGACAAAAAUACAGUCACUGAAAGAGGAAGAGUGUAGAUUUGUUGUAGCAGGUGAAACUAACGCCGGUAAGUCCACGUUGAUAAACCUACUCCUCGGAAGCGAGGUCCUACCUACUAACAUGCAGUCAUGUACGUCAGUCAUCACAAAGCUCGUGUACGGAAGUUCCCUGGCAGCAGAAAUAUGGUACAAAAAUGGAACGAAUCAAAAGUUUUAUGAUCUGACGCAGGAGAGUCUUGAGAAAGACAUUUGGCCAAUAAUCUUUGUAAAGGAAGACAAAAGCCAAAGGAGAGAGAGAGAAACGGAUGUUCUACAUGUGAAAUUCGAAGUACCGGCAUGCAUCUUAAAGUGCGGUCUCGUCCUAAUAGACAGUCCCGGAAUAGGUGAAAACGAGGCAAUGGAUGGCAUCAUCGCAUCUUACGUCCAGAAAAACUUCGUGAUGGGUUUCAUCUAUGUCAUCAAAUCUGACAACGCUGGAGGUGUUGACGAAGACCGGCUGUUGACACUUAUAAGGGUAAUAUUAGAAAAGCAGCAGAUGCAGUCCGAAGACAAAACUGCUAUACCUUUCAAUCCCAAAAGUGUGAUGUUCGUCUGCAAUCGUUGGGACGUCAUUCAACACGAUCAACAGGAUAUCGUUUUUAACAAUGCUGUGAAGAAACUUUCGAAAUGUUGGCCCAAUCUAAGCGCCGACCAGAUUAUCAAAUUGUCCACCUAUACGGCAUUACGAGAGGCCGACAUCAACCCAGAUUUCAUCACAGAAGCCUACCGAAAAAUGUUGGAGAACCUAAGGAAUAUCUACAACAUUGCUCUGGACACAAGGAUACAAGCCACCUAUCAGUGGGUUGCCAAUGUCGUGACCAGGAGUAUGUUCCAUAUCAACGCUAUCACUCAAGAUAUUAACUCAUCUGAAGCAGACCUCAAUCAGCGGACGAGGACCAUAACAAAAAAACUUGAGGCUCUUCAGCAGAAAGCGGAAGGUGUAUUUCUACGCCUACGAAAAGAAUUAGAUGAAAUGACUCUCGAAGUGUGUAAAGAAUUCAGGGAACGGCUGAAACGUCCAAGCGUCAAAGCAAAAUUGUUGAAUUGGGAGGUGUGUGAACUCCCUUUACCAGACGGCAAAACUUGGCCAAAGAUCAAAGAAAAACUGAAUUUCAAAUUAUCACAACGACUGAGCGAUGUUCUGGAGGAAUGGAACGAAGAAAACAGCUAUAUCGUCAAGAUUGAGGAGAAAAUCUUCAGGGAAGUUCACGAGGAACUCAACAUUCUGCAAGAUGAUUUUAGUGGCAUAGAAAAGCAGAUGGGCGUAUCAGAUCUGUCAAAAUCUCUUUCGAAAUCAAUGCAGCAGCAACUUCACGCCGCGACACCGAUGGCAAGUAUCUUCGGAAUGACACAUCAAGUAGCGGAUGAACAGGCCAUGCCAUUGAAGGUGAUGACACGAGCAGCCAAUCCAAUGGCGAAAUUUCUCCAUGGUGUCAAAGUAGCAGACAUGAUGGAUGAAUUUAGGAACACGCGCAAAAGAAAAGCGUUCGCCGAGGACCCAAUGAGGAUUGCAUGCAAAAGAGCAGAAAGUACCUGGAAGAAACUAGUUUUGAAGGAUGAUAGAGAUAGCAUCUUGAAAUCAAUAGUUGAGAGUAUAAUGCAAAGGCCAUUCAAGCAGCUAUCCAAAAUUCAGAAGAACAUUCCAGCUCUGAUCGAUUCCAACAAACAGUCAUUAGAACAUGCGUUCGUUUGCAGAUUAGAUGCCAUGGAAUCGAAAGCUUUGUAUCGUCAUAUACAGAAAGAUUUUGAAACUCCGGCGAAGCAUAUCGGCGACUUUGGCAACGGUUAUAUAGCUAUUACAACAUUCAGCAACGAAGAGCUGAAACUACAGGACGAAUUCAAGUCUAGCUUGGGGGAAAGCACGAACAUCUUUAGGAGUUCUAACGCAGUAGGGGUAUCAAACGGCGGAACUUCACUAACAAUGAAACGUGUGGAAAGAGGGUUAUGGACGGUUCUCCAACCCGGGGAGGUGAUCACAAAGAACGGCAAAGAAAAAACUACUAUUCGUAUGUACAUUUCAUCGUCCGGAGUAGAGUCGACUUUCAGAGAAGUCGCUCGGAUAAAGCGACUCAACUGUCCACAUAUUGCCAAACUACUUGGGAUUCACUACUCGGAUGCUCCUCCGCCAGUGUCCCUGUUUCUUGGAAAUCUUGAAAGUAUUAGCUGUGCACGAAAAAGAGACCAGGCUGGCUUUACGGCCGAUAUACCCAGGAUCCUGGAGGAAGUCGCCAUAGGGGUGAAUUAUCUCCAUUGUGUUCAAAUGGUCCACAUGGAACUCAGCGUCAACACCGUGACUGUGGACCAGUAUCGGAAUGUGAAGUUGACCGGUGGAUGUUUCCCUCGACACGCCAAACUUCCACAGAAUUUCAGUGAUAUUCCUGCGGCCGAGUUCAUAUACAUACCAUCAUUUGUACUGCGUGGCCACAAGUAUGUCAAUCGGGCGGAUAUCUACGCAUUCGGGCUCCUUAUGUAUGAAAUGAUCCGCAAUGGCAAGCCUCUCAGAUCAAAACAUUCCCUCCCGCUGUCAGAAUUUAGCAAGAUCAUGCAACUUGGUCAAUGCAUUCGUAAAGAAAAAGGGUUCAGUAACCUGAAACCCCAUGAUCAGGAAAUCAUUGAGGCUUUGCUGAAUAUGUCUGUUCCUACAGAGCGUCUCUGUGAUACAGUAAAACACUGGCAAAACAGCGCUUCUUCUGUAAAUCUCGACGCCCAUGAUGAGAGAAUGGAGAACUACACAAUGUUAAGUUGAAAGUAGAGUGUGAUAGGCUAUUGUGUCAUAUUCAUAUCCAAAUGAUGCACUUUUCAUUUACUUUUACAUUCUGUGGGAGUACUGUUAUUUUGUCAAACGCAACAUUUUCCGUUGCAUUGACUUUUCAAUAUGUCUGGAGAAACAGAACAAAAGUUUAAGGUAAAUUGAAGUACGGAAUUACAUCUUUUAUAUGUAUUUAAUUGUUUGAUAUUCUCGGGAAGAUAAUUCAAUUAACAAUGAUGUUGUUUUCAUGCAAUAUAACGUUCAGCUUGAAAGCAUAGUGCACGAUUUCAACAACUUCAUUUUUCCUUACCGCUCUGAAACUUGGAUCAAUUGAUAUAAGAGUGUAUUCAAAAACAUUUUAUUUCAUAAAUUUAGAUUUCUCUUUCUACAUUAACCCCAAGUACAUUUUUUUACACUUCCCUAUCGUGGAAUUACUCCAAAUUGUACUUGUUACUCAUAUUCAUAGCAGCAUUGUCAAGUAUGCAUAAAUGUUGACUAAAUUAGUGACACGAAAAAGAAAAAAAAUUAGUGACACGAAAAAGAAAAAUAAUUAGUGACACGAACAUUUCGUCCAAUUGUUUCGUUGCAUGAAAUAAUUCCUUUUGAAAACUGGCUUCGUUUUUUGCAAUAAGGGUGGUGGUGAAUCGCCUUUUCAAAGAUCGAGACUUAAACAUUAGUGACUUAACUAUCUAAAUCGGCACGCUUAUACAUUAUAGUAUUAUAUAUCAAAACAACCACCAGGAUUAAAGACAAAACAACCACCAGGAUUAAAGACAUCAUACCUUACUAAACUGAGAUCAGUGUGGUCAAUUAGCUAUACAAUAUAUCUCUAAGUAUAGUCCAGCAGAAGUCAACAAAGAAACACUUUGAAUCCGUUUUUCCAUCACGAACUUGACGGUAGAUUACGCCUACACUGUCAAACUGUGUUAAUGAGUACCUAAGAUGACUGUAUGAGGUUAACUCUACCUAACCUAAUGAGUAUCAUGUGGUCGUACUACUUUAUCAUUUUAGUAUCAGGUGAUCCGAAAUUAUUAUUAUAAUAUGAUGCAUAUUAUAUAUCAUGAUAUAUUUUAAUGUAAACAUGUUAUGUUUGAUAGGCUAUAUCAUUUCUAUAGAGGAAUCAUCUAUUUAAUACAGGAAAAUGAAUUAAUGUUCAUGCAUACUCAGCAAUAUCCAGGAUUCUUAUAGAUUUUGUUUGAAACAAUGUAUUUUAUGCCGUCUUACUUUUUGUGUAUACAUAGCAAUUUUAUAUUGUAGGGAAAGAGCAUUGAAUAGGUUGUAUAAUGUUUGCCCAAUCCCCUUACUAAGAGAAAGGCAAUAAAAUAUUUUUAAAUCAAACCAAUUACUAAGAUGUAUUCUAUCUAUAUUAGACCAUGUCUAACCAAGAAAUGCUGCAUAAUUUAAACCUUUAUCUUAAGUAGAUAUUGUCUCUUUAUAUUGUGCUUGGUAGUUGUAUUAUUUAUCAGAUGGUGUGGCUUAACACCCCUUCUUUCAGUAUGUCAGCAGAGCUAUUAACCAUUUCACGCGGAUAUUGUAUGUUGGAAACAUCAAAAUGGUGUUGAAUGUAAAUACAUUACAAUGUAUUUGUGUUAAAAAACUGAACUUCCGGGUAAUUAUAUUGAUUUGAUUAAUGAAUUUCCGAGUUUUGCAUCUUUUCUUAUUUACCCUUGGAUGGUGUAGAAAAAGAUAAAUUGAUAAUUACAUAAAUACAUUUUAACCAACUGAUAUCAAGUUAAGACUUCCAAUAUGUCCCCUUGUAGACUCCAGUUAAAGUUUGAAUUUGUGAAAAUGCAUUGUGAUAUUCAGAAAACACUUUCCAAUCAUUUUAAACAAUAAAUUUACAAAGCAGGCUUAUGAUAAAAAAAAUUAUAUUCUGUUAGGGUUUGUUUUAUUUGUAGCUAACGGUAAAAGUUGAAUACUACACAUCCAUGUUCUAUAGAAUGACUGGUUGUUUGUUUCCAGUUACACGUGUAUAAAUAUUAUAGGGGUUACUGCGCUUGUUUAAGUCUUAUAAACAUAUAUAUCUCAAUUACUGCUUAAAACGUCGACUGUUCUUUUUUGAACUCACUGCAUUAAUUUGGGAUGUGCAUGUACCGUAAAACACAUAACUAUUGCCACGCCUGCUUAUAUAAUUUAUCGCUUUAACAACGUGAUCUGAUUGUGUGUGUGUGUGUGUGUGUGUGUGUGUGUGUGUGUGUGUGUGUGUACUUGCUACAAUAUACAAAUGUAUGUUUUCAAUCGUGUAUAUUGCCAUUUAUCCUUACACAGUUCCAAACUCCCCGGAUGUGAUAAAAAUAUUCCUUAAACGAUCGCAAUAUACUUACUGUUAUACAUCUAGAGACAACUACCAAAUCAAAAUGUCGAGGCUGUGUUCAAAUAUAGCAGUGCACCAUGAUGUAUUUCAGUUAUAAACUACUAACAUGUACGCUUCUUAGACGUAUUUAACACUGGUGUCCUUUCGAGACAACUUUGAAUCAAUUAGCUAGAAUUCCACAAGUGAAGAAUAAAAAAAUGUUCCUGAUUCCUGCCAAUAGGAAACCUGUCUGUUGUUCCGAGGCUAUGAGUCAGGUUUAUUAGUUAUUGCCUUUUUAUAUACUUUGGGUAUUAAGGUUUGUUUUUAGACAAGAAUUUUUGUUUUAUAUCCAAGAUGAAAAAUAAUCAAAAUAUUUAUAUAGAUUGUAUAUCAAUAAUGCUUGUUUUUAUUUAUAGAAAUGAUAAAUUCUGCAAUUUGUUUAUUUUUAUGUUGUAUGAUAACAUCAUCAUAAGGGAACGGAAAGAUUAAGCUGUCAGUGUGUAUAUAUAUACAGUCGUUAGUUUACUGCGGUGACAACGUACUUACAAAUAAGAGGUGUUGUGUUUCCUUUUCGCCAUGCCAAUACAAUACAACACAUAUUCUGUCGGGUAUGUUACUACUGUGAGCCUACAUGAUGUAACACAUUCCACAGGUUUGCUUCUUGAUAUGACACCUCUCGCAUAAGUAUAUCGGUAUAUUUUGUCCUUGUGUGCUGACGUUGUGGUAUAUUCUGCUCUCGUGUGAAGUCAUCGUGAUUUGUUUUGUCCUUUUGAGCUGUCAUUGUGGUAUGAUUUGUCAUUGUGAGCUAAAACUGUGGUAUUUUGUCAUUGUGAGUUGACAAUGUGGUAUUUUGUCAUUGUGAGUUGACAAUGUGGUAUGAUUUGUCAUUGUGAGUUGACAAUGUGGUAUGAUUUGUCAUUGUGAGUUGACAAUGUGGUAUGAUUUGUCAUUGUGAGUUGACAAUGUGGUAUGAUUUGUCAUUGUGAGUUGACAAUGUGGUAUGAUUUGUCAUUGUGAGCUGACAAUGUGGUAUUUUGUCAUUGUGAGUUGACAAUGUGAUAUUUUGUCAUUGUGAGCUGACAGUGUGGCAUUUUGUCAUUGUGAGUUGACAAUGUGGUAUUUUGUCAUUGUGAGCUGACAAUGUGGUAUUUUAUCCUUGUGAACUUACACCGUGGUUUAUUUUAUCCUUGUGUGCAGACACCGUGGUUUAUUUUAUCCUUGUGAGCUGACACUGGGGUAUAUAUUGUACUUGUGAGCCGAAAAUGUGAUGUGUUUUGUCCUUGUGAGCUGACACUGAGGUUUAUUUUGUUCUUGUUUGCUAAUACUCUGGUAUUACGGUGAAUUUAGUCCUUGUGAGCUGAGACUGUUGUAUAUUUUGUUCUUGUGUGCUAAUUCUGUGGUAUAAAGGUGAAUUUUGUCCUUGUGAGCUAUAUUUGUCCAUAUGCGGACCCUGAGAUAAAUUUUGUCCUUGUGUGCCGACACCUAUGCAUUUGGUCCUUUAUUAACAAUGAUGUAAAUUUGUUAAAUUCUGCUUCAUUUCUAAAUAAAGUUAUAAAAAAUC